CGGUAACGGUACAACCGGGGAAGGCGAGAGAAGCCAGUCAAGGAGAGAGAGAGCAGGAAGUGCAGCGUGGGAAAGCGGGGAAAAUCUCCGGGGAUCUCCAGCGCUCACUUCUCCAUCUACGGUCCUCCCCGUUUUUUUCCGCCAUGGCUCGGGAGAACGGAGAGGCCGGCGGGGACUGCUCGUGGAAGAAGCAAGUCGAUAAUAUCAAGGAGAUUUUUGAAUUCAAGGAGGUGCUCGGGACGGGUGCGUUCUCAGAGGUGGUCCUGGCGGAGGAGCGGUCCACGGGAAAGAUGUACGCUGUGAAAUGCAUCCCUAAAAAAGCUCUGAAGGGGAAGGAGAGCAGCAUCGAGAAUGAGAUCGCCGUUCUGCGCAAAAUUAAGCAUGAGAACAUAGUGGCUCUUGAAGACAUCUACGAAAGCUCAGAUCACCUCUACCUUAUAAUGCAGCUUGUGUCUGGAGGAGAGCUGUUCGACCGGAUAGUAGAGAAGGGGUUUUACACAGAGAAAGACGCCAGCACACUCAUCAGACAAGUACUGGAUGCUGUCAACUACCUCCACACUAUGGGCAUCGUCCAUCGAGACCUGAAGCCUGAGAAUCUGCUCUACUUCAACCCUCAAGACGGCUCAAAAAUCAUGAUCAGUGACUUCGGCCUGUCUAAGAUGGAGGGGACAGGGGAUGUCAUGUCCACCGCCUGCGGGACGCCAGGAUACGUGGCUCCAGAAGUCCUCGCUCAGAAACCGUACAGUAAAGCUGUAGACUGCUGGUCUAUCGGAGUCAUUGCCUACAUCCUGCUGUGUGGUUAUCCUCCUUUCUAUGAUGAGAAUGACUCCAAACUCUUUGAGCAGAUCCUGAAAGCCGACUACGAGUUUGAUGCCCCGUACUGGGACGAUAUUUCAGAUUCAGCAAAAGAUUUCAUCAGUUGUUUGAUGGAAAAGGACCCCUCAAAACGAAACACAUGCGAACAGGCUCUUCGACAUCCCUGGAUCGCAGGCGACACGGCACUCUGCAAGAACAUCCACGAGUCCGUCAGUCGACAGAUGCGCAAAAACUUCGCAAAAAGCAAAUGGAGACAAGCCUUUAAUGCCACGGCGGUGGUUCGCCACAUGAGGAGACUGCAGUUGGGCAGUAGUAUGGGAAGCAGCAUGGAUCAGUCAAACACUGCAAACCAGAACCGCAUACUGAACGCAAACCCACCGCUCAACACAACUACGAAUUCCACCGCACCACUGACCCAAAACCAAAAACCUGCUCCAAACCCAAACGCCAUUCUCAAUAAUGACAUGGCCACUGGAAACACCCCCACACCACGCAAAGACUGUACCGCCCCUCCCCACACGUCUUGUUCUCUGGCAUCAGCUGCUUCCUCCUCCUCAGGGGCGGAGCCAUGCAGGCCCCUCCCUCCCUCUGUUGCGUCUGUGAGCACAGUGGUAACUGGGACCAAGUGACGCCAGGUUCUGCGGGGAGAGAGCUGGGAGGCCACAGCGCUGUGAGCCCCGCCCCUCAGCCCACCCCCCGCCCUGCCGUCCAAUCAGGCAGAGGACUGACCCAUCGCCAUAGCAACCACUGCGCGCGCCUAAUGCACUCCUGCCAUUUAACCUCCAGGCCACUAGAGGGUGCAAUGCAUGCAGCGGCAGGAGACCAGAUUUCCAGCAGACGGCUUCCUUUUUGAGAAGUGAUUUGAACAGAACUGUGAGGAUGUCUUUGCCGAGAAUGUGCUACGAAUCCUGCUACGAACGCAGAGGUUUAGGUGCGAAAGUGCGUGCAUGAUUAUGUCCGACCUUAUAAGAGGGCGGCGCCAAUGUUAAACGAUUCUACUAUAUCAUUACAUGUCUAGCUCUUCCCUCUUUCCCCUGUCUUUCUCUAUCUACUCACGAGUUAUUGUAAUCCUUGUUGGCUACCAUUUUCUUUCGAGGUUUCAUGCUGACCUGCAGAAGUGCUUUUAAUAAUCACGUUUUACGACUGUUUUGAGACAUUUUCUGAGUCGAGACUUUCUGUUUGCACACAAGAGAGAGCGGUUAGCGGAUAUAUUGACGUUUUUUACAAAUGCAAAGGAUGGGAGACUUUCAAUGUCACACCUCACGGUUGGGUUUGACCAUCACAAAAUUUACGGUAUCAGUUAAAACAUGCAAUAUAUGUUUGAUUGCUAUCUUUUUUGAAAAACGCAGAGAAGCAGCAGCUACUCUCUGCUUGAAGUGUGAUUUUAAAUAGACAAAGAAAGUUGUAGUUAUUGAAGUACAUACUGUAGUUAAACUGUUAAUAGUCAACACAAACACACACAAACGAAUCUCCCGAAAAGCCAUGGCAGCGUCUCUCUGCGCCCCAGUGUACGAGUUCUCAGGGAAUUCCGCAGCUGCACUGGGCGCCAUAGUUUGAGAUCGUCUCAUCCAGUCAGAAUAAUGUCGAAAAUGUAGAUAGAAAGCUGUUUAACUCUUAUAAUGAUUGUAUGAUGGUUUGAUCGUGCUAAAAUGUUAUGCUAAGUUCACGCAGUAUCAGAAUUAGCCUACUUUAAAGGCCCAGGUAUACUUUUUUUAUCGAUUACCACUUCAUUUUACACACAGAUGUGCUCACACCACUUCUAAAACAUACACAAACGAGUAUGAAUGAAUGAGUUCGACACAUGCGCCA